AAAACUGUGGUUAAAGAAAAAGAGGUAACGCCGUCGACUUCGAAAAUUUCUGGGCCGAAGAAGGCAAAAAAAGAUAUAAUGUCUAUGUUUGCUCAGAAAUCAAAGAAAGAUGUAAAGAAGAAUGGCUCUCAAACAAAAGAAAGUAUUGAUCAAAAAGCAGAAAAUGCAACAGCAUCGGGUCAAACAAUAAAGUACUGGAAUUUUAGUUUCAAAUUUUUACCGGUUUUUUAUCGCAUUUAUAAUUUUGUAACUCUGUUUAUUGCACUGUUUGUCAUGCUCGUUAGGCGUCGUGGUCCACCAAUCAUGAUAGAUGAUGAAGAAUCGGCCGAAGAAGAAGAAGCUGAAUUCAAGCCAGUUAUGCCUGAGAAAAGUACAAGCGCAAAGAACAGAGCAGAAACUACGAGUAGUCAAAAGACGAAGAAAAAAGGAAAGUCGUCGAACGGCAAAGCAGCCCAGCAGGAACCUCUUUUUAUGACGCAGAAUGAUUUGUUUACUGACGGUGCAUCGAGUCCGGAAAAAAUGGAUACGGAUGAAGCAGAUGACACGAUUGAAACAGAGGAAGAGCAGAAAUAUGAGGAAAUGCCGAAGAAAAAACGCCCCUCUGCUUGUAUUAUGAAUAGAGCUAAGACCGAUGAAGCGGAAAAUGGUGAUACGCAGAACACCAAAGAAAAGCCAACAAGAAUGGAGCGUGUAACGGAAACAUUUCUGGAUAGCGAUGGUUUUAUG